CUAUUAAAACUCAGACCAACCCCUUUUCUGAAUAGGACAGACCUAGCCUGUAAAGCUCUCCUGAAGUUGUUGAGGAAUCACUCCGUGAUCCACUUUGUAUGCAUUUUAAUCAAGUUUGCUAGUUUACCGUAUACCCUUCGUCAUCAACAAAGAACAUUCAUUCUGUAUCAAAAUUGUGGCACAUACGGGAGUGAAAAAAACGUUUUCAAUUGACCUGUUUAGUGGAACUCGUUUUGUCGACUUAGCUUUUUUCUAAAAAGGAGGGAUGGAUGUGUUUGCGUUGGUGGUGCUCUGCUCCGUUGUGGCCCCUGCGUUGGGCUCAGCAUUUGGCAGAGAGAUGCCAGCAUCACCAAUCGAUGAUCCCAGUGUCCCAGACUACGACAGUCCCUUCACUUACGACUACAAAUCCCUGAGAAUCGGUGGGCUGGUGUUUGCUGUGGUACUGUUCAUCAUGGGCAUCGUCCUGAUUGUCAGCCGAAAAUGCCGUUGCAAGUGAAGCCAUGGAAAGAUUCCUGGCACAGUGGCUGGGAACACGUAAGGUGAUAAGACGUUUUCCAGGGAUGGGUUAAUAUGAUACCAAGUCAAGCCACCAGCCGUCAGCAUUGGACACAAUACCAUUCGCCGACGAGGAAGUCACAAAAAGAGCUUCAUCCCAUGUCUACAUCCUCCUGAUAUGCUCUCGGCUUGCCAUAUGUUUUAGUUCUCUAUUUUUCUAUGUAUUCCUCUGCAAAGUCAGUGUGACUCUGUGUUUAUUGUGUUUAUCGAUAAAGGGCUACACGAGGAAAGUACUUUUUUAAUUAGACAUUUUAAAACAUUUUUUUUUCCUGAAUGAUUAAAUAAACAACUGUAGAAAAAGAUUAGAUUU